UCUCAUCUCAAUCUCAUCUCAAUCUCAUCUCAAUCUCAUCUCAAUCUCAUCUCAAUCUCAAUCUCAAUCUCAAUCUCAUCUCAAUCUCAUCUUAAUCUCAUCUUAUUCUCAUCUCAAUUCUCUGUCAGUCGGUGAAGAUAAUUUCUAAUUAUUGAAUUAAUAUAUCUCAGAAGUAAGUGAGCAAUUUGACUUGUGCUUGUAGUUCCCUCAAUUUCCGCUGUGUCUGUGUAGUUAAGAACCUUGUUGAGUCGAUUUUAUUUCUCUCCUUCUCUCCAAACACUACCAGGAGUUUCAGUUGAUUCAGUUGAUCAAAAACAACAAUCUGUUGAUGAUUUGGAGCAAUCUUAGGUCAUGUUUAUAAGUAGUAAAUCAAAUUUCUUUUUAGUCGAUAUGUGUCAAAGGAUGAAACAUGGAUCCAUCAUUCCACUUCCGAAUCCAAAUCAUCAGUCAGCGAGGAAGCUUAUGGCUUCAGUAUUUUGGGAUACAUUUUCAUCGAUUAUCUUGAGAAAGAAAAAACAAUCAACAAGUGAAUAUAACACAGCGUUGUUAAAUUGUUUGAAUGCAAACCUCGAAGAAAAAAGACCUCACAGAAGAAAAAAACCACUGGUUCAUCAAGACGAUUCACAAGUCGAUGCCUUCGAACUAGAAGACCAAAAUUGGAGAAAUUCAACAGCGCUGAAAAAAACAACGUUUAAAACUCUAGUUUAAAGUCACAAUGAAUGAAGAGAAAUAAAACCUUUUUUAAUCUACCUAGUGGUGUAAUGAUGCCUUUCUCAUAUUACAUCACUAGAAGAUUCUGUCAAGAUUUUUUAGCAAACUUGAAUAAAAUCAAAAACUUUCUUUGGUAUAAACUACCGUCAUUUUCAAUUCGCAAACAGUUAUGCCAAGUUAAUAUAGAUUUAAAUGUGGCAACCCUGCACGCUAUACAAAAUUGAACAAAGCACGCUGUGUGCUAGGCGGUGGUGUUUUCUUCUUCCAAACCAGCACGUCCGAUGUGUACCGAUUUUGCAUCAUUCUCACCCUUAUUCUGAAUAAUGAGGUAUUGAUUUUUCGAUCGAAUGUAAUUCGAUCGAAUCCUAGCUACCUUUGAUUUUGCUAGCGUUAUUAGGAAUACAAAUGAAAUACGAUUGUAAAAUCGAUACGACGUUAUUCAGAAUAAGGGCGUCUGUAUGACAGUUCGAAAGUUUUUAUGCUGAUUGCCCUAUAAUUUCGGAACCGGAGGUCGGAUCUGGGUGAAAUUGCACAGUAUUUUUUAAGACACUGAAACCUUUAAUUUGAAUUAUGAUUUGUGGAAAUCGGUUUACCCGUGGCUGAGAAAUCGAAGUGAGGUCCGUUUUUGGAGCUUUCCUUGACUAUUACCAGUGCGUUCGGAAGCGGAAACCGGGCACUAGUAAUCCCAAAGAAGAUUUAUAUAUCCACCAACUAACAAGGUCUGUCAGUCAGAUGAAUUUACCAUUAAAUUUUAUAAAAAUGUUCACCUCGUGUCGCCAUCGCUGGUGGAAAAAUUGGAAAUUUUUAUUAAUCGCACUGUAAUACCAGAAUCGGAAGUCGGAUUGUAGAUUUUUUAAAGAUUUUUAGGACCGUUCAUUUGUAUUUUAGUUUGUACAAAUUAGUUGAGAAAUUUCCGAGAAAAUUGAGUGCGCGUUUUCUCAUAAAUUUGCGCAUUUUCUCAUAGAUUUGCCUUGUAAUUCCAAAACCGGAAGUCGGAUCGGGAUAAAAUUCAAUAGCGAUCUAUAGGCCUCGGUUCAAAAGUCGGUCGGCACAGUGACUGUAUAAUCUUACUAUAUGAGAAAGGCAAAAAUACAAAUUCAAACCUCUCAUAAUUGGUUAAUCUCGGUUCCAUCGAGUGUUUAAAAUUUGAAACAGAUCAAGCACUUCAAAACACGCUUCUUUCCUAUUAUUCGAACAAGGAUGUCCAGUGUUUCAAGCCGUGACCCAAAACGUUCCAAAAAAGUUUCAAUCGAAAAACUUGUGUCAAUCGUAGCAAGCGCGUAUUUUUUGUUUUGUUUCUGUAAACAGUUCGCAAACCAUAAAAACAAACUUUCCAUUUAAAAAGUGCACCCAAACAGCGGUAGCAGCAGCAGCAGCAUCGUCGACGACAAAAUGUUUCACCGCAUUCAGAAAUUGCUUCUGCUGGGUGAAUACCGCUGGGUAAGUUGCGGUGCGGAACAGAUGCUGAUUGAAGGGCCCUUCGUGCAGGUUGAUCGUUGCGGUUACGGCAUCCGUGCGGUUGAGUUGGGUCUCACGGAAGAUUGUCUGUUUGUAGCAGCCGAUGAUUUCAUCGUAAACACACGUAUUGAACCGAGCCGGAAGGCAGAUUCGGAUCCAGAAUUGGACUGCCUUGAAAUGCUCUGCAUUUUACCGUUGCGAUUUGUCAAAUUAAAGAUACUGCGUUGCCCAAGUGAAAAACGAGAACUGCUACGCGUAACUCUGGUGACGGGACGAUGUUUGCUUUUCGAAUUUAGUGGUGGCAUGCUGCGACCAUUUCUCGUUAACCUGUGGCGAGAUCGUAUUAGGGAAUUCAAAAAUAGUCGCCAAUCAAGACGAAUUGAAAACAAGGUUACGGAAUCGAACGACACCAUUCAACUGCCGGAAAAUCUACGCCUGUUUUUGGAGUGUAGUUCCAGUUCGAGGGCAACAACGGAUGUGGAAUCAUGCGUGUACAAGUGGGAACGACGUCACAAAACGCGAGAAAAGCGACGGUUUGCCGCAAAAUUGGCAACAUCGUUGUCGAUACUGUACAACAGCAGUGCAGAAACGGGCCUAGAUGAAGAAAUGCGAACUGACAGCAGCGACAAAUAAAUCGUACAAUUAGUGUAAUUGAAUAUUGUUUUCUUAUGGCGUUUUCGUUUUUAAUUUGCACUACACCGGUGCAGUGCUACACUGAGGCAUGCAUAAACGAACAAAACUGACGAAAACAUAAACAGUAACCAUUGACUACAAUAAACGAUUCCAUUGCACAGAGCUACACCAAACUUUUGAUGAGUGCUACACCAGUGGUAUCGGUGCAGAAAAAGUGUAGCACUGGUGUAGUGCAAUUGGCAAAAACGAACGGUUUAGGUGCAGCUUUCGCUACACCGGUGUAGUGCAAUUUAAAAACGAAAACGACAUUAGUUCGUGUUCGUGUCACUUCCCGUCUCGUGCUGACGUUCUGUGUGUGCAACAGUCUGUCUGUGAUGUAUCGCGCGCCUCAUGCGAUCCAAGCUGACAGCUUGUUGCGCUUCAAAUAUCCGAGGGGGUUUGUUUCCAAAGCUACGAGAACUAACUUUUGCCAUUUACUCGCUGUUUUUUAUUGCAUGUGUACUACGACGACGCCCUCAGGGUGCCAGGUUAUGUUGAACGAUCUAAUUUUAUUAUCAUCGACAACAUGCAAGAAUUAUGGGCUCCCCCUUUUCCGCGUGCAACUUUUAGUUGUUUUGCAAUUUCAAACAAGUUUGAAUCCGUCAGUGAGGGGGUGGGUGUUAACAGAAGCAGAGGAUAAUUCUGGAGGAAGAACGAAAAACCGGUAUGCUGGUAUUGUUUGUUCCGGAGUUGUAGUUGCCGAGAAACUUACAAAUUACUGAAUAAUACAACUGGCUUUGAUCAGUGGAGGAAAUUUACUGUUUGAAUAACAGAAAGUUUUCAGUGGCUCUGAGUAACAGAGCGCUAGUUUUUUUUUGUUGUGUUUCGUUUCCAAAAUGUGGGUGCAUAGCAGUUCUAAUUUAUCUGCUAGUGUUAUUUAGCAGUUCAACUUUAACUUCGUACGGUAAUAUACCUACACUUUUCGAUUUAAUUUUGAAAAAAAACUUAACAAAGUGAACAAUUUUAAUCACUUUCUUCGCUGAAACGAAAAUGACACGAGAAAACUAGAGUUCGAAGGGCUUUCGGAGAGAAACUUUUCCUGCAAAAUCUCAACUACCCCUCUCCGAAUCAGAAAAGUUAUCCAAUUAAACACCCACCGCCUUGUCGAUGAAUUUCGCAUCGCAUGCAACAUGAUCCAAAUUGCCAGUUUACGAGUUUGACAUUUGCUCAAGCCCCGAAACUAGUAACUUCCGUGGGAAAGUAAACUGUAGUGUAGUAAGCACUGUAAAAAAAAAUGCAGCUAAACUCAUUCUGACAUGUGCUCCUGCUUCAAGUAUUCGGGCGGACGUUCCGGACCCUCCCUCCAAUCCCGACAUUCCACAAGAACCACAGCUCAUAUUUCCGAGCAUGGCAUGUUCACAUUCCAAUUGAAAUAUAAAUAUGUACGUGUAUAGCGUUUUGCUCGUCAUUCAUUUUUUUGUUGCUUGCUCCUUCGAAUCGCUUGUUGCUCCAACACGCGAUUAGAAGCUCUGCAUGGACCUGUCCGGAACAGCGGGUAUCCUAGAAUUGAUUAUCAUUCUGCGUGAAUCUUAUUUUUAAAUGAAAAUCGUAGGCGUUGUGGAUUUCGCAAAACACUUGGCAUACAAAUUCUUGAAAUGGUGAAAUCGAUCGCAUACAGCAAUUACCGUCGACCUACUUAUCAACCGUGACCUCAGCUGGAGCCAAAUUACCGUGUGACUUCCGGAAAUUUAUGGUGCUGGAUAGCUACGCCCGUCCUUGCCUCUGUGUAGCAACCAGAGUCCCGAUUUUGUUCCAAGGAACUAACGUGGGACGAGACCGCCAUUGCUAACACACGACUUCCCAUUUUGUGCUCAUUAUGCAAAUAAGAUUUUAUGGCUGGUGUCGUCACCGAAAAUCAAGACCAUAAAAUGAAAAUGACUGUUGAUAAGAAGGCAAAAGUUUUCCGCUCUCACCUUGCCCGUGCCACCGUGCGUGGGUGCGGUCGGCAAAUGUUUGUUCCGACGUAUAGGCGCUAGCGUCGCACUGUCUAUUCACAUCGGUAAUUAUGAUCCAAAACAAAGUGUUUUAUUGCUCCAGAGCCCCAAACUGCGAUGUACUAUUUUGUCCCCGUUGGGAAAAGUCUUUCCCUAUUCCGAUUGCGUAUAUUUAGCAAGAAGAUAAACAAUCUAAGCGUGCUGAGAGUUUUGUGUCGCCUUUUUUGUUUUGCAGCCGCUCCAGGCUAAUCGUGUCGAAGCUUGCUUCGAUUCUGGUCAACUGUUACCAUUAAUAUAAAAAGUUUAGUGAUCCGAAUUUUGCGCGGGAAAUACCAGCUCGGUACAGUUCUCCCCCCCAACAUGUGUUGGUUGUUAUUUACGAAAUUAGUCAUUAACGAUCUUCGGUGUCGGUAUCAACGCUAUAUCGAAUCUCGGGGAACCAGAAACAAUCUUUGUUUUGGACAAUGUUUUCCAUUA